GGCGGCGGCGGCGAUGGAGGCGGCCGGACCGAGGAGCGGAGCCCGAGAUGCUUGAUAAAUAUAAAAAAUCUGGAGAAAUAUUUGGAGUCGGAGUUGGACUGUUGUACUUAACUGAAAUGUUUUUGCCCAGUUGAGACACCAAAAAAUACAGGAGUCCUUUUCUUGAUUAUUCUUUCUCAACAAUGGUCAUUUUUCACUUCUGCAACGCUAAGCCUUUCAACACGUCAGACCCAGCCUGACAGCUCUGUCGCAUCUUCAUCUGAAGACAUGGACUCGGGCUCUGCAAGUUGGGGGCCUGUAUCUUCUCUGACGGAUGGUCCAAAACACAUAGUUUCUCUAGGGACGGUAAAUAAUCCUGCAGUUUAUGCUAGCCCGUCUGUUUCUGAUAAACCAAAGCCAUCAGCACAGAAAGAUCAACCCACAGGUGAUGGCAUUGCUCCUCCCCAGAAGGUCCUUUUCCCAGCUGAGAAGAUUUUUCUGAAGUGGCAGCAAACUCAUAGAGUUGGAGCUGGACUCCAGAAUCUGGGCAAUACCUGUUUUGUUAAUGCUGCCCUGCAGUGUUUGACUUACACACCACCUCUUGCCAACUAUAUGCUUUCUCAUGAACACUCCAAAACAUGUCAUGAGCAAGGAUUCUGCAUGAUGUGUACAAUGCAGGCUCACAUUACCCAGGCUCUCACUAACCCCGGCCACGUCAUCAAACCAGUGCCUAUCAUCAAUGAUCUCCGCCGUAUAGCAAAACACUUCCGUUUUGGAAGCCAAGAAGAUGCACAUGAAUUCCUACGCUAUACAGUGGAUGCUAUGCAGAAAGCGUGUCUGAACGGCAGCACUAAAUUGGAUCGGUACUCCCAGGCUACCACCCUUGUUUGUCAAAUAUUCGGAGGCUACCUGAGAUCUCGAGUUAAGUGUAUGAACUGCAAAGGAGUUUCAGACACCUUCGAUCCAUAUCUCGAUAUCCCACUGGAGAUAAAGGCAGCCCAAAGUGUAAACAAAGCUCUGGAACAAUUUGUGAAACCUGAACAACUAGAUGGAGAAAAUUCCUAUAAAUGUAGCAAGUGUAAAAAGAUGGUUCCCGCUUCAAAGAGAUUUACUGUACACAGGUCUUCUAAUGUUCUUACCUUGUCUUUGAAACGUUUUGCAAAUUUUAGUGGUGGAAAAAUCGCAAAGGAUGUGAAAUACCCUGAGUAUUUGGACAUUCGGCCAUAUAUGUCUCAGCCUAAUGGAGAACCAAUUAUUUAUGUUCUGUAUGCAGUACUGGUACAUACUGGUUUUAGUUGCCAUGCUGGCCACUACUUUUGUUAUAUAAAGGCUAGUAAUGGGCAGUGGUACCAGAUGAAUGAUUCCAUUGUGUCUACUAGUGACAUCAGAGCAGUGCUUAAUCAGCAGGCCUACGUUCUCUUUUAUAUCAGGUCAUAUGAUGUGAAAAAUGGAGGUGAGCAUACCCAUUCCAUUCAUACCCCUGGGCAGUCCUCUCCCCGACCUGUCAUCAAUCAGCGAGUAGUUAAUAGUAAACAGGCUGGAUCAGGCUUUAUCGGACCACAGCUUCCUCCUCAUAUGAUAAAGAAUUCUAAUCACUUGAAUGGAACUGGACCAUUGAAAGAAAGUCCAAGUAGCUCCGUGGCAAGUGCUAGCAAUUCCAACUUGAACAGGGCAAGUCCCGCUCCCGCUUCAACGGCUAUUCAAAACUGGACAGUUAACAGACCGUCAGUUAUUCCCGAACCUCCCAAAAAGCCGAAAAUUACCAUCAGUAUUCAUAAUAAAUUGCCUGUUCGUCAAGGCCAGGCGCCAGCCAACCUCCAUAACAGCUCUUUGGAGCCUCUUAACAAGCCUCUUCCGUCGUCUACCGUUACUAACUCUUCUGCAAUACAGUCUACCUCAAACGCAUCAACGAUGUCAGUUGCUACUAAAGUUUCUAAGCAGAUUGUGCCCGGCGAGUCUUGUUCCAAGCCUGUAAUGAAUGGUGACUCCAAAAUGAACUCCAAUCUUCUGGUCCCUUAUGGUGCAGAAUCUUCAGAAGAGUCGGAUGAAGAGUCAAAGGGGUUAGGUAAGGAGAAUGGGCUCUCAAAACCUUUCAAUGGACUUUUGACUGGGAAUGGAGUUGGUACCCUGCAAAACUCCUCUUCCUGUCAAGAUGCUGAAGAUGACUCUGCCCAGCACGAACUGCCGGAAACCGUUACCGUAAAUGGUGCUAACAGUAUAGCUUGUGACCUUAAAGAAAAUGGACUGGUGUUUGAUGAUUCCACUUGCCAAGUCAAGCCUGCUAUACACACGGAAAACCCCUUUUCUAAAACGAACGGAUUGCACGACAAGAUGGUCACUGCUCCUUUACCGCUUCUCCCUGAAGACAGAAAUGUAGAGUCUCUCAGAUUCAGUAACAAACUGAAAUGCCCGACAGAUGACAUAAGUGCAACUGGAACUGAAACAACUCCUGAAGAUGGUCAUUCUGCAGCUAUUGUGACGAGUAGCAACAGUAUUCUUGCUCAUGAGCAGUUAGAAAAAGUUUCUGGAAGCCUUGGGAACAAGAUAAAGAAGGCCGUUCAACCCUCAGCUCCCGAUGCCAUUGGAAACAAAGAUGAAAUCCCUGACAGUAUUACAGCGGAGACGGUAGCCCCGCACCCUGACACUGGUGGCCCUUGCAGCACUAACAAAAGAAUCGUCGGCGAGGAAGAGCCUUUUCCAAAUGCGGGCGAUCCUGGGAAUCACACCAACGAGAGCGUAGGAUCACCCCAAGAAGUGACAGAGUCUGCAAAAGAGAACUCUCUCAAUGCCGCGCCAGUCGUAGUGUCUGUGGCAAAUUUAGGCCAAACCCCCUUGGUCAAUUCAGACCGAUGUGACACUAAUGAACUUUUAGUACUCAGUAGCACAGAAAAGUGCAAAGAGAUGAGAGACCUUUCUAAAAAUAAGGAUACCUCUACUAGUGAACUCCCAGUUGCCCAACUAGGAAAAGUGACAGAGAACCAUUUUUCGAAAGGCGGCGAACAAGGCAGUAGUGGGAGAUGUGAAGAAAAUAAGGUUAGGCAAAAAGUUAAGAGUCACUCCCCAGCUAAAGAAAAAACCAGUAGCCCCCCGAAAGUUGACAGAGGACACUAUCGUAACAGGAGAGACCAUUCUUCCAGCGGAGAGCGAGCAAGACAAAGUAGGGGCAAAAUGGAGAACCAUUAUUCCAAAAAAAGGCAUUCUUAUAGCAAAGAGGGAGCCAAGCAAGAUCGCUAUAGAUCAGAACACUGCAACGGAAACAAAUACAGACCCUAUUUUUAUAAUGAAAGAAGCAGCCCGAAUAAUAGACGAUCUUUAGGCAAAUACUACCAUUACCGAUCCAGAAGCAGAGGAAAAAGUGAACAGGAAAGGAGUAGAUAUUACCAUUCGAAAGGGGGGCAGUCUUGGAGCAGAGAGAAAUAUUACCCAGAUACAUUGAGGCGAUGGGACAAAUGUCGUUAUUAUAACGAUUAUUAUCCAUCUUAUGCGGCAAGAGAUAGGGAGUGGAGGUCAUUUCAUACUGACCGUGACUAUGAUAAAACAAGUCAAUAUAAUAGGUCACAUAAGGAUUAUUAUAAAGGCAGGUGGAGUCGUGAUCCAGGAAUUCAAGAGCAGGAAAAACACCAUUUUAGCGGUUCCAGAAUAAAUCCAUACUAUUGUUCUGGUCCCCGCAUCCAUGAGAGAUAUUCCCCUGAGAAAACUGUCCUUGUAGCUGAAGAAAACGGUUUAAAUCUUCCAGGUCAGUGUCACAAGCACGAGAGCGCUAAAGAGCGAAAACGGAAACUGGGCAGUGUAGAGAGUAGUGAGAGUGAACUAGAAAAGAAACCCCGAAAAACCUUGCAGAAUGAGCCGCUGGAAGAGCAGAAAGUGAAGAAGCACAAAAAGUCAAAGAAGAAAAAGAAAUCCAAAGAUAAACAUAGAGAUAAGGAUUAUAAGUUUAAUAUGUGUGGGAGCUGCUCUGACUCUGAGGUAAACCAAUAUAAAAAGAAGAAGAAGAAAAAAAAGAAACACGCAAAGAGAUCGGAGGACUGUACUGAGCAUUCAGAUCUUCAUAGGGUGGAGAUCCCCAAUCCUGGGACUGAUAGCAACAGUAAGAUCCAGGAAAAAAAGGAAAAAUGGUCACUCAGAGAUGGCAUGCCAUCUGAGAACUGCCAGAAACACAGUAGCAAAAGACCUUUGGAGGAAGAUGGUGGUCUCCUCCAGAAAGCAAAACACUUAGGAAUGGAAGGCCAGGAAGAUGACUGUCACCCCACUGAGUUUGACCAGGUCAAACGCCUGAAGUUGCCGGGGCGGGCUCCCUUCAGCCCCAAGCGUCAGCGACACGGCUGGGUCCGGGCACAGGGUUGGAAGGAGGAUAAGGCUGUCACUGUAAUGGAAGCCAAAGUGCUGUAGCAGCCCCUGCCCUUCCCCUUCGCGGCGAAGAUCCGCUCAGGGUCACUCCAUGUUGCCGCGUUUUCGAUAGGGUGCGGAGUGGCGCUGGCCGGCCGGACCUUCACGGAGCGGGAUUUCUGAUUCACUGACGGUAUUUUUCCCUUCGACGUCCCCAGUGCGUGUCUCGGGGGGUUGGGUGUAUUCCAUCUGUCCGCUGCCUGAAACCAGCUAGCUCGCCUGGUCCCGCUUCAGGAGAGGGUGAAGUCAUCUUUCCGAAAAGAGAAGCUCCCUCCACGUCCUUUGGGGAUCCUUCCGGACGAAAACUACAUGAAUAAGUCAUUAGCGUUAAGGAAACGAGGAAGAGCUGCCACGCCGCGCCGGCUCGUCUCCUGGUUUCUAAAACUUCCCGUCUUUGGAGUUGACUAAUAUCGACAGCGUAUCUUGUCUUUCAGAUUCAGAGUGUCCAACUGAAGCCAUCCCCAACACAGCAUAAGUUACACUUACAAAUGUAGGAAAUGUCCAAAACGUUCAAAUCCAUAAGUGGUGCUUCUUCAGUAAAUACUGUACAGGAUUUUACCAUGGGAGAACUUUUUUAAUUUUUACCUUGAGACUUUUUCAAUUACCCUUCAUCCAGAUGGAUGGAAACUUUCUACAGCUGUUGACCGUUGUAAAAUACCGUGUGUGUGUGUGUGUGUGUGUGUGUAUGUAUAUAUAUACAUAUAUACACAUAUAUAUGUGUAUAUAUGUGUAUAUAUAUCACAUUGAAAAUAAUGCCCUGGAAUAGAACAUCUCAAAUGCUGCUUAAUUACAGACUCAGGUUGAUUACUUGUAUUUCAUGUAAUGUUACUCCAAGUUAGACAUCUGGUGCAAGACCAACCAGGAAACCGUGGAAUUAUAAAAAAAUGAAAUAAAAAAAAAAGCUGACAGUGUAUAUUUAAUUUAAAGACUAUUUAAAGAUUCGCAAGCUCUUACCUAGAAUUUUGGAGAGCCGUCUGUGUUUUGUGAUGUCUGAUACUAGAAACUAAUCUGCUUCACAUUUUAGUUGUAUUCAAGAUUUGAAGAUGUAUUUUAUAGACAAGUUCUGUUUCCGAACUCUGUGAAACACACCAAUCAAUUUACCAGUUAUGAUGAGCAUUUACAUUAUGAAUGUAUAACCCAACCUCUACUUGUAAAUCCUACGGUAUGUUUUUUACGACAUAACACUUUUUUAUACAGUGUCCCUUGUCUUGGCUAUAUGGUAUUGGAGUCUCAGUUGUCAGUUGUGUCCCUCUACAGUUUCUAGUUACAGACAAAUUCAUACUGUGAUUUUAUUUUUGAAGAUGGAAAUGCUAUCAAACUGUGAUGAUACACUUAUAAUUCACUGGUCCUGCAUCAGGAGAUGGAGUGGGGAAACUGUAUGUAAUACAGUUUAUAUCUGAAUACUCUGUAUGGUUUAUACAGUCCGUGUUGUUCAGAGAUGUCUAAAGUAUGAUCUUUGUUUUUUUAAAGAUUAAAAAAGCACUUGCCCCACUGUAAAUUAUACAGCAUGUAAAAUUUAUAUAGAAUAUAAAAUACAGCAAAAAAAAAAAAAAAACC